AUUUGUGGGUUUUUUAUGUAUUUCUGCCCAUCUUGCAUGUUGUUAUUUGUGUUGGUGGCACUGUUUGCACCAUUUGGUGUGUGUACAUAUGCAUGUGUGUGCGUGUGUGUGUGCGUGUGCUCCCUGAUCACGCUGUGGUCAUUGAUCAUUAGCUAUCUUUCUGGGCUCGGGUUGACACUCUUCGACCGUUGAUUAUGGAGUCGGGAAAGGAGCUGACGGGAACGUUGGCGUUGGCGGUGUUCACCGCCGCUCUGGGCUCGCUGCAGUUUGGCUACAGCAUGGGAGUCAUCAACGCGCCGCAGCGGAUUAUCGAGAGGCACUAUGGACGCUCGCUGGCCGUGUUGUCCCCAGAGGCUGCCGUCCUGUCUCCAAACAGAACCGCAGACAUGUUUCAGGAGGAGGAAUCGGGAACGCACUCGUCCGUGGUCAUGUACUGGUCUCUCUCUGUGGCCAUCUUCUCCGUCGGGGGCAUGGUCUCCUCCUUCCUGGUGGGAUUCGUGGGAGACCUGAGAGGCCGGGUCAAGGGCAUGCUGAUGGUCAACGUUCUGGCUGUGGCCGCUGGUCUCCUCAUGGGGCUGUGCAAGAUGUGGAAGCCUCACGUCAUGGUCAUCACGGGCCGCGCCAUCAUGGGGUUUUACUGCGGCUUGUCGUCUGGCCUUGUGCCCAUGUACAUUGGAGAGAUUGCACCCAAAGCUUACAGGGGGGCCUUGGGUACUCUGCACCAGCUGGCUAUUGUCAUUGGUAUCCUCAUCAGCCAGGUCAUAGGCUUGGACUUUAUCCUGGGUAAUGACGACAUGUGGCCCUUGCUGCUGGGUCUCUCCGGGGCCCCUGCCGUCUUGCAAUCCCUUCUGCUGCCGCUGUGCCCCGAGAGCCCGCGCUACCUUUACAUCCUACUGGGCAAGGAACGAGAGGCUCAGGAAAGUCUGUAUCGCCUGAAGGGGGCGUAUGACGCAUCUGCUGAUCUGGAAGAAAUGAGGAGGGAGAAAGAGGACGCCGACAAGGAGCCUCGGGUCUCCAUCCUGUCUUUGAUCUGCUCCUCUGUGUACAGGCGCCAGCUCUUUGUGGCCCUCAUGAUGCAUCUGUCGCAGCAGUUGUCGGGCAUUAACGCGAUCUUUUACUAUUCCACAGCUAUCUUCGCUCAGGCCGGCAUCAGUCAACCCGUCUACGCCACCAUCGGCGUUGGCGUCAUCAACACCAUCUUCACCCUGGUGUCUGUUGCACUGGUGGACCGGGCCGGCAGGCGCACCCUGACCUUGGUGGGCCUGGGCGGCAUGUGCUGCUGCGCCAUCGCCAUGACGGUUGGCCUCAAAUUCCAGGAAGAGUACUCCUGGAUGAGCUACUUCAGCAUGGCGGCCAUCUUCCUCUUUGUCAGUUUCUUUGAGAUCGGGCCGGGUCCUAUCCCGUGGUUCAUCGUGGCCGAGCUGUUCAGCCAGGGUCCUCGGCCGGCGGCCAUUGCUCUGGCCGGCUGCUGCAACUGGACCAGUAACUUCCUCGUAGGCAUGACCUUCUCGUACAUACAGGCCUGGCUGGGUCCGUACGUGUUCAUCCUGUUUGCCGCGCUGCUGUUCGGCUUCACCUUGUUCACAUACCUGCGAAUGCCCGAGACCAAGGGCAAGGCCUUCGAGGAGAUUGCCGCCAUAUUCCAAAAGGGGCGGAAAAAGGCGCCGCGCUAUGCCAUAGAUGGCGUAGAAUUGCAGCAGCUCAAAGCAGCGACACAUGCUUGAGGAUUGUGUUUGGUUCUUCCGAUUAGUAUUAUCAUGAUUAACGCAUUAAUGCAAUGAAAUUUACAAUGCCACUCCAACCAAAUGCAAAGGCUGCAAAAAAACCCAACAAAAAAACCUAACAGCAAGCCAAACUGCAAUUGCAAUGAGAGAGAAUGGUUUACCUCCAGCAAGUCAGUAUUGUCUUUAUUUUCUAACAUCAUCAUGAAGCUCCAAUGUAAGAUGGAGUAUUAGGGCCACGCCGAAAAGAACAUUUAAAAAAUUCCUAAAAGUUGUAAUAUUAUGAAAUCGUUAAUUACGGAAAAGAACGUCUUACUUUUACAAAAUUUACGAUUAAAAGUCAUGAUAUUUUGAGAAACAAAAUGUAAUUUACAGGAAAAAAGUUGCAACGUUUUGAGAAUAAAGUUGUUUUUUCCAAGAAAAAAAGUCAUCGUAAUCUUAGAGGAGUUUUUUUUGUUUUUGUUUUUUUCAUGAGAAAAGUCGGAAUGCGACAGUUGUAAUGUUACAAGCGUAAAGUCAGGUCAUAAUGGCAUGAGAUUAAAGUUGGCGUAAUGCGACAUGGUAAAAGAAUCAAGUUGUAAAAUUACUCGUCAAAAGUUGAGAUAUUACAAAAAUAAAGUUUGUAGAAAAAAACAGAGGUAAUAUUACGAGAAAAGUUCAUUGUUAUUUUCCAAGGAAAAAAAAAAAAAGAA